AUAGCGAUAUCCCUUCCUCUACUAAGCAACGGCUUAUGUGCACCUUUCACCGCCCCGCCCGCUUGACCAGAUUGACUAGACAUGGGCGCCAUUGCUAACCACAUCUUCUCUCCAGGCUCGCCAAACCAAGAAUCCCAAUCCAGUCUCCAACCCACCCUACGCUUCGCCCCCAGCAAUGGACCUCUCCCCAAGAACAGGAGCACGGGAAAUCUGCUUUCACACGCCGCUGGCUCGUCACUAGGUGUCGAUACCCGAAAACGCAUGAGCAUCGAUGCUGGAUCGUUGGAUAGGAUGGCAAGGUCACCUAUCGUUCCGGAGCACGAACAUGGACUGGGAGCAUCGGGCCUCAGGCGCAUUCGCCAACAGCCAAGUCUGAGGCCCGUAGCUGGUCCUGGGAUAGGCACUGGCUUGACUCAACGAUCGUCGUCACUCAACAUCACUCCUCCUAUCUCGAGACAUCCUUCUGGCUCCGCUCCCUCUGCCCCCGGAUCUCCCACACUCGGUACGGCGGAGGACCUUCACAGAUUUCCCUCGGAAUCAUUACACUCGUUUUCGUUCGCACAUCAGUCCGAGGAUUUCAUACACAACAGGCAGAACGUAUUAAAGCGGUCCAUCGAUUUCAUGCGAGACAAAUUAGGUUGGGCGGCAACAAAUGCGAGCAUCGCGAAUGCUCAGGCGAAAUUGAGUGGGGAUCAGGAGGUGCAGAGCAUGCUAGAGCUCCUGACAAGGGCAAAUCUGAUCGGCCAAGAUGCUUCUGGUGCGCAUGGUCUGGGUGCCCUGGGUCCAGUGACCGGCCCCGCUGAUAUGUCUGGCGAGAAUAUAUUCGAGAAGAGCUUCCUCCCCAGGUCAGAAAGCCCGGAGAACAUGGGAGAGAAUGCAUCACCGAGGGAAGCUCUUGGCAUAAUGGCGGCCGCAGGCGAACAGAGUUCAGACCAGAGCCAGAGCGCAGGAUCUCCACCGGCCCUGAAUCUCCGCAUUGGUUCACCUCCAGUGUCCGAUCAGGUAUCGGAUAGUUCGAGCCAGAAGACUGGAGUCUCAGCAACACCGUCGACACUGAUGGGACCUCCACCUCGUGCGGCUCUGAAGCGGACGUUUACCGAUGUCGCUCCACUGACCAUCCAGAGCCAACUGAAUGAUGCAUUGGCGCAGCCGUACCUGAUUGGGGAGCAAGGACAGAUCAAUCAGAUUGUUUCCCCAACGGCCGUACCAACAACGCCUCACGGAUUUCCCAGCGUCCCUGGCCAGCAUUCUGGAGGACCAGCACCUCACGGACACGGAAGUCGAUGGGCGCCCGCUGCCCAGGCGAUCUUCACCACAGAAGCCCAUGCACCAUGGACCAUCACCGCUGCUAAUGACUUGGCUUGUUUGGUUUUUGGUGUCACGAGGGCAGAGGUCCGCAAAAUAGGCAUUCUUGAGGUCGUUAAAGAGGAACGGCGAAAGUGGCUUGAGGACAAGCUACGCGACCCGGAUUCUGGAACCAAAGCAAACCCCACCGUGCCCAGUCCACCUCCACCAUCCACUACCCCAACAAACAAUCUCAGAGUCGGGAAUGGUGUCACAGCGAAGCUACUCAGCAAACCGUCGUCACGACAAGUAGCCCAGAGCAGGCGAGCAAAGACGGAUGAUGGCAGCGGUUCCUCGUAUGCAAAGAAACCCGUCAAAGGCGGCUUGAAUCACGAGUCUAAGGGUUCUCGUGGCGUCCUCCUCUGCGGUGAUGUCGUCCCCAUCCAGAAAAGGAAUGGUGCAAGUGGCGCCGCUAGCUUGUGGGUGAAGGAGAAGCGUACUGGCUUGAUCUGGGUGCUUGAAGAGAUCGCCGAGGAUGUGGUCUAUAUCAAUGUGGAUGAAGUGGGCUGCGUUUCCAAAGGCACAGGAGCCAUCGAGGCCGUAUUUGGAAGUGACCGAUUACGCCGAGGCAUGGAUCUCAAGAGACUGAUUCCUGCGAUACCACGACUUCCUGGGACCAACACUGGAGCUUUGGAUUACGACAAAAUUGCAGAACUUACCACCUUCACCGCAAGAACAGCGAACAGCAUCAACAUUCCGGUUGCUGUAGAGGCGAUAGGAAAUGAGCUUGCCUUCCGGGUCUCCAGUUUCCCCCACAUUGCUGGAAUCGUUGUUUGUUCAGCGACUGAUCUGAAGAUUGCGAGUUCGAACUCGGUGUUUUCUUCUGCUCUCUUCGGACAGCCACGGCCGGAGGGACUUCACAUCACUAGCCUCAUCCCUGGAUUCGACAAGCUUCUACGCGUCAUGACCGAUGAGGAUAACAUCGAGUUGAUUGAUGGAAUUGUGAUUCCAGAACACAGCUUCCGGAGAGCGAGGGCCCUGCUUGCAAUGCGAGAAGGCAGAGCAGAUGCUGCAUCAAUCUUCCUUAGGCCGAGCGGAUUACCCGCCUUACAUCGGGACGGUUCUGAGAUCAUGGUCGAUGUGCAAAUGAGAGUUGCGCGGAGUGAAAAGCCCGUUCGCUAUGACGAACAUGUCAUCGAGGAGGAAGACGCAAAGCCUCCCCCUGCGCAGGAACUGGUGUUUGCUUUAUGGGUAACCUACUCGCGACACUUACAUGCGACGAACCAUGGCGUUGGUCCCGUAACUCCCCUGCUCUCGCGUCCCGGCACACCACCCCAUCAACCAUCACCAGGGCAAUCAACACUCAUCCCCUCAGAAGAGACCGAAUCCGAUAACUCUCAAUCUAAUAGCGCCCCUGUCUCGUUACUGACACAGCAAUUACAAGAGGCGGCCAAGCCAGCAUCUCCUCCUGGACCAAAGGCACCGACGAUUUCUCCAGACAAGUCCGAAGAAACGCCCAAGAAGAAGACGAUCAACGACUUUGUGGUCUUAGAGGACAUGGGUCAAGGCGCAUACGGGCAGGUCAAAUUGUGCAGGUACAAGAAGAAUCCCAGCAAGAAGGUCGUGAUAAAAUAUGUCACCAAGCGACGCAUUUUGGUAGAUACAUGGACGCGAGAUCGCAAGCUAGGAACCGUACCGUUGGAAAUCCAUGUGCUAGACUACUUGCGCCGGGAUGGAUUCAAGCAUCCAAACAUCGUCGAGAUGUCGGACUUCUUCGAGGACGACAUCAAUUACUACAUCGAGAUGGUGCCCCACGGUCUGCCGGGAAUGGACCUCUUCGACUAUAUCGAGCUUCGCGUCAACAUGGAAGAGAAAGAGUGCCGAAAGAUCUUCGUGCAAGUGGCGGAGGCCAUACACCACUUGCACACCAAGGCGAAAGUGGUGCAUCGCGACAUCAAAGACGAGAACGUUGUAUUGGACGGCGAGGGCAACAUCAAGUUGAUCGACUUCGGUAGUGCAGCAUAUAUCAAGAGUGGUCCCUUUGACGUCUUCGUAGGGACAAUUGAUUACGCCGCGCCUGAAGUUCUUGCCGGAAAAGCCUACCGCGGAAAGGAACAAGACGUGUGGGCGCUCGGCAUCCUGCUAUACACGAUCAUCUACAAGGAGAAUCCGUUCUACAGCAUCGAUGAGAUCAUGGACCACGACCUGCGAGUGCCGUACAUCAUGAGCGAGGAGAGCAUCGGCCUGAUCAGGCUGAUGCUGGACCGAGACGUGGACAAGAGGAUCACCAUCAGCCAAGUUCUCGAUCACCCGUGGUGCCAAAUGGUCGACUCACCCUAGGAGAUGGUCGUUCCAUUACGCAAACCCCAAACUAGUUCCACCAAGCCUAGAAGAGAGAGGAGGAGAUGGGACUAAAGGCUUCGAGAGGUCCACAUGUGUCCUAUCUUACAGGGUUCACCAGAAGCGACUAGGUCGAUCAUACUAGGAGGAAG